CGACGUUCGAGUCGGGCUCCGACAGCGCGGCGGAGUCCCCAAGCGUCAUCCUCCUUUGACUCUUGGGGGCUCCAAAGGGACCUCUCGCUUGGCACCUGGGGUGUCUGCGCCCGCCGCCGGCCCCGAUUGGCUUUGCGGCAUCUCCGCCCUGGCUCCAGCUCCGGCUCCGGUGAGUGUCAAGAAGCCAUCGGCCUCAAGGGCAUCGAUAUUUCAGGGUCAUGAAGCUGGAAGCCAGCUGUGGCACAGCCACCUCAGAGGUCACUAAGCCGGAAAAGGAGGCUGCCCGAGAUGCAGAGCCAAGCUCUGAAACCCGGCCACAGGAGGUGGAGGCCGAGCCCAGGUCCGGAUCGGGGCCUGAGGCUGAGGCCGAGCCAUUGGACUUCGUGGUAGCCACGGAACGGGAGUUUGAGGAAGUGCUGGCCAUCUCGGGGGGCAUCUACGGCGGCCUGGACUACCUUCCCAGCCGCUACCACAGCUGGCUCCGGGACCCCGACCGCACGGUGGUGCUGGCCAAGCGCAACGGAGGCGUGAUCGCGCUGGAGUCGGUGAACGUGAUCGACGCCGGGGAGACGGCGCUGGUGGAGGGCCUGCGCGUGGCGCCCUGGGAGCGCGGGAAGGGCGUGGCCGGGCUGCUGCAGCGCUUCUGCUCGCAGCUGGUCAAGCGACAGCACCCGGGGGUCAAGGUGGCACGGCUCACCCGGGACGACCAGCUGGGCCCCCGGGAGCUGAAGAAAUACCGCCUAAUCACCAAGCAGGGCAUCCUUUUGGUCCGAUUCAACGCGUCCGCGCUGCUGGCCGGGCUGGGCACGCGGCUGGCGGCUCUGCGGACCUCCGGCACCUUCUCGCCGCUGCCCACCGAGGCCGUGUCCGAGGCAGGCGGCGACGUGGCACGCCUCCUGCUGUCGCCCUCCGUGCAGCGCGACGUGCUUCCGGGCGGGACCAUCAUCCAGGACUGGCAGCCCUACCGGCCUAGCGAGAGCAACCUGCGCCUGCUGGCGGCCAAGGGCCUGGAGUGGCGCGUGGACAGCCGCGCGCGCCCGCGCGUGCUCACGCUGUGCACGCGCCCCUUCCCCAUCCCGCACGGAGGGGACGGCACUUGGCGCUAUCUCAACAUCGAUGCCUUCGGCAGCGAUGGCGCGCAGGUGCAGAGCCAGCUGCUGUGGCACCUGCAGCGCCAGGCCCCGCGCCUCGCCGGCCUUAAUGUCAUGUGCCAGCUCUUCCUGGAGCCCCAGCUGUGGUCGCAGCUGGCUGACUUCUGCCAGGCCGGGCUGGGGCUGGAGGCUGGUGAAGGGUUAUACUGAACAGUACCUGCUGGAGGCCGACAUCUGAGGCCUCUCCUCUGGCGGGGAAUAGGAAAGAGAAGUACUUUGGACCCGCCCCCUUCCACAGUUUCCCCCGCCAGCCUCUUCCCUGCCAUUUCCGACGCUGCGUCCCCUGGGAAGUCCCCUCUGAGUCCUGCUCUCUUGCCCUUACCGGCGCAGGUCCCCCCACUCUGUCCCUUUU